CCCCUCUAGAGCAAAGGGAGCCAGUCCCGAUGUCCCUUCCCAGUACCCGGAUAGCGAGGCGGAGCUCUAAUCCCUCUCACGAAUCCUGAGCUGUGCAUUCCCAAACGCAGAUUCCUCACGAGGCUGUGUUUUGUUUUUGUCUGAGACCUCGGAGCUGGGAGUUCCGUCAAUACUAACCGCUGUUGCCUAACCCGCGGGCGGGGUGGUUAGAAAAUGGGGCGCGGGGAGCUGGUUUCUCGUUUCUGCGGAAAGUGCCGUUGUGGGUACAGAAUCAGCUUGCCCUGAGCGGAUGAAAACAAACAGCAGCGAUGGCGGCGGUGUCGGCUGUUGGGAGAGUCUGCGGACGUGAACGUCCUUCCUCUGUAAGUUCCAAGGAGCAGGUCGGUUCGUAGGAUCGACAUACUCGGGCGUUUUUCUCCAAGGGCAGACGCUGGUUCCACAAGACCUUUCUCGAAAGCCCGUCACAAGCGGAGACUCCACUCGCGGACCCGCCUCAGGCAUUUCCACCCCCUUUCCCUGGGGAGCACCAAGUACCGGGCUAGCAGUCCCACAACCUCCUCUCCAACAGACAUCGUUUUCUGGCAAGCUUGGACUAGGAAUUUCCGCCCCGUCCGGCCUACUAAAAUCCUCGCCCCACGCGGGACUUGGGGCGUAUAGUCAAGGACGAAGGCUAUACGAGGAACGGAGACAAGAGCUGAGCGGACCUCAAGACGGGGAGAGGAGAGUCCUUAGUGCUAAGAGCUCCCAGUUAUGUUACACUGAGUGACCGCCUACAAAGGACAUUUCCCACUCUCGUGAUCUGAAAAUCCGAAGGAGGAGGGACCACCUUCCAGCCCUCUGAAUCAAAACCAGCAGUGAGGAUUUAUGAAAAGCCCACUGCGUUUGACCAUGAGGAGAGGCUAGGAUAGCCUCUGGGCACGUCCCCGGAAUGAGAUCUCGACCUGUCACCUCUGCAGGAAAUCAGGGUCACUUACAGUGGACUCUCACAUAGUCUUCCAUCCGGGCACUGACCGGACUGAAACCUCUUAUCUUUAACAGUAUAAUGAGGCCAUGGUGAUACCACUCAAUUCUCUGGGCCCAAGAAAGUCUAAUGAUUUCCAUAUGCGAUGGACACUGAUCUCAGUUCCCAGGAUAGGAAGGACCUGGACAAGUUCAUCAAAUUUUUUGCCUUGAAGACUGUACAAGUGAUUGUCCAGGCCCGACUUGGUGAAAAGAUUUGCACUCGAUCAUCAUCUUCACCAACUGGCUCUGACUGGUUCAACUUGGCAAUCAAAGAUAUCCCAGAAGUUACUCAUGAAGCAAAAAAAGCCUUGGCAGGACAGCUGCCUGCUGUUGGCCGGUCAAUGUGCGUGGAAAUCUCUCUCAAAACCUCUGAGGGGGAUUCCAUGGAGCUGGAAAUCUGGUGUUUGGAAAUGAAUGAAAAAUGUGAUAAAGAAAUCAAAGUUUCCUACACUGUGUAUAACAGGCUGUCUCUAUUACUGAAGUCUUUACUUGCUAUAACAAGGGUGACUCCUGCCUACAGACUGUCCAGGAAACAAGGUCACGAAUAUGUAAUAUUAUACAGGAUAUACUUUGGAGAAGUUCAGCUGAGUGGCUUGGGAGAAGGAUUUCAGACAGUUCGUGUUGGGACAGUGGGCACUCCACUAGGCACCAUCACAUUGUCUUGUGCCUACAGAAUCAACCUAGCUUUCAUGUCUACCAGGCAGUUUGAGAGGACCCCACCUAUCAUGGGGAUUAUCAUUGAUCACUUUGUGGACCGUCCCUACCCCAGCUCCUCACCCAUGCAUCCCUGCAAUUACAGAACAACUGGUGAGGAAAAUGCAUAUCCAUCAGUGGAAGACUCUCAAGAAGCAUGCACCACCUCUUUCUCUACUUCCCCUCCAUCCCAGUGUGUGUUUACUGUCACUAAAGCACAUUUUCAGACCCCUCCUCCUGUGGUGAUGGAUACAUUGAAGGGCCCUGUGAUGGGGCUGGCCUUUUCACAUCAACUCUCCAGCUCUCGUCUUUCCUAUCAGCCUGCGGCCCUGGGAGUUGGAUCAACUGACCUCGGCUACCCAGUAGUCUUUGCUGGCGGUUUGAGUGCUGCACAUCCUCACCAGUUGAUUGUUCCAGGGAAGGAUGGAGGAGUGCCCUUGAUUCCUAACCAACCAAUACAUGGCACUCAGGCUGAUCAUGAGAGAAUGGUAACAUGCACCCCUGUGGAUGGGGGCCACUAUUCUGCAGUUACUCCAUCUAGUAGUGAGGACACAGAAACUGUAUCUAACAGCAGUGAAGGAAAAAGCGGAUCGCCACAUGAUCUCUUGGAGACUAUCUUUGUGCGGAAGGUGGGAGCCUUUGUCAACAAACCUAUCAACCAGGUAACCAUGGCCAGUUUGGACGUUCCUUUUGCUAUGUUUGCUCCCAAGAACACUGAGCUGGAAGAUAAUGACCCCAUGGUGAAUCCUCCUGACUCUCCAGAAAUUGACUCUCCCCUCCAGGGCAGCCUACAUUCAGUGGGCUCCAGUGGUGGCAGCAGUGGGAACAUUCAUGACGAUUUUGUCAUGGUAGAUUUUAAACCAGCGUUUUCUAAGGAUGACAUCCUCCCAAUGGACCUGGGUACAUUCUACCGUGAAUUUCAGAAUCCUCCUCAGCUCAGCAGCCUCUCCAUUGACAUUGGGGCUCAGUCCAUGGCAGAAGAUCUGGAUUCACUACCAGAGAAACUGGCUGUCCAUGAGAAAAACGUCAAAGAAUUUGAUGCCUUUGUAGAGACUUUACAGUAAAACUGAGCCCCUUCUACAGCAGCAUUGAACUACUUAAGAAAAGGAAGCCCAUACAUUUUGUCUUUCUUCCCUUAGUGUCUUGUUUUGUUCGUGUGUCCCCUUCCCCAAUUUAGUAGGCAUUGAUUGCUUUGCUCUGUCAGAUGCAGAAACAGUGGACUCUCUCUUCAAACUUGUCCUUGUCCUUGUCCUUGGGAAAGUAUGACUCACUUUUCUACCAGUGUGAGCUUUGUGUUUAAUAUGGUGCAUUAGGAAACCAGAAGAUCAAGACCCUUCCCUUCUCUCAUCAGUGUUGAGAGACUCCAGUGCUUCUUCCUCCAUCAACAGGGUUCUAGGAUCUGGUUUUCAGAGGACAGUCUUUCAGCUGCAUCUGCAGUAACACCAAGCAGAAAGAACUCUUGACUAAAUAUUAAGUGUCUUGUGGGCACUGGACAGAUUCUGCCAGUAUGAGUUCAAACAACAGCUAUGCAGAAUUGGCUUGUCUUUAGUGGCUGCAAUCAAGAUGUUAGGGCAAGGGGCCAUUUUUCACCUUUAGUGCCCUAAACAAGGUGCACAAUGUUGCACACUGUGUGUGGCAACAGGAAAUGAGGGGCCUGGUGUAGUUUCAAAGUAAACCACAGGCCAACAGAGUGUGUGUCAUUAUAUUGCCUCCCCAAGAGCACAGACAUGUUCUGUGGCAUUUGGAGAAGAUCCAGAGUUUGUAGGCUGUGUUUACAGUCAACAGUUGUAAAUACGAAUUAGGAAUCCUAAUUCUCUAGGGUUAUUUAAUUAGGGGCCUUUCGUCCAAAAUUCUUUCCUCUGUUCCCCUCAAAUGUUGCUGCUCUAUCAUAAGAUAAAACAAGAAAUAUUUAUUACUCUAAAGGAAACCUAUAUUUAAAAAAAUGUAUGUGGUGAUGUCACUUUGUAAUGCAGCCAUGUAGGCUGCUCUGUUGUUUGUCACUGCAAAAGUAUAGUACCAAACAACUCUGUCAUUUCCACCUUCCCCCACCCCUUUUGCAGGGUAAACUAUAAUACAUUUUCAGAAACAGACAUGGUUAUGCUUAGAAUGUGAUCUCUCCUAGAGACUUGAUUUCCAUUCUGUCCUGCUGGGUCUGAGGAUGUCAUAAAGAAAAAUGCACGUAUUGGUGCAGUGGACAGGUAGGGAGUUCCUAAAAAGCUGAGUUCUGCCAAGCUUAUAAGAUAUGUUCGCUGUGAUCUAUACUUAGUUAGAAAGUAGCAUGUUCAGAGAAGCACAUUUUAAAGAGAUUUGUGGUACUUGCUUUGAUUGGCUAAAUGUUUAUUUUUGUAAUGACUUAGUCAUUAAGCAAUUUGAUUUGCCUGCUUUGUCCUUCACCAAAUAUGGGGAAGGAAAAAGACAACACUAAGUGUGAGCUCAGGGAUAAUUUGGACUCUGGGCACAACUCUUUCUUCCCUUUCAUUAACAAAAACCAGGCUGAGGUGGCAAUCCUAUGCAAACUUUCUUGAGAGUAAGUCCCAUUAAACUCUGUAGUACUUAAUUCUGAGUAAACGCAUAUAGGAUUGCACUGUAAGAUGUCAAAGACGAUUUACGCACAUCCUCCUGCCUGCUAUCUUAGACACCAUGUCUUAUGAUUGUGGACAUGAAGGACUAUUUUAUGGUUUCCUCAUUAAGGUAAUGAGAAUUUAACUUCCUGAAGUAUAUAGCCCCAUGGUUUUAGAUGAAAGGGUGUUUUUUUCAAGAGCAACUGCCGCUGUCUAACCAUGUAACUUCUGCAGCUUUCUAUCCCCUACUGCUAGACAGAAAUGAGUUGAAUCUUCCUGUUUCUUGCCUUCUAGCAUGUUGAUGUUUUGCAUUUCUAACUCAAAUUAUGAGAGGUUUAUUUAUAUAGAUUCAAAUGUGGCAUUUUAAUUUGUACUCAAAGCAGCUCAUGGUAAUAUCAUUGCAUGCCAUAGGUCCAUGAAAAACACAACCAAACUGCAGUUUCUGACCUAAAUUGCUCCUACAUAGCUUUCUUUGUCAGGAGUAAUGACAUCAAAAUCAUCCCCAAAGGCCUCUCAGUUAAUUUGCCAGAGAGAAAUGCUGCAAACUUUAUGAUGCCUGAUUUAGGGCCUUACUUAGUUCCCAAAGCACCUAUCAAAACCUGUUAUCCUUCUAACCAGCCUGGAAUGUAGCACAAUUAAAUUGUAUUCCUUGUAUAACCCACGAGGUGUUGAAUGAUUUGGCCGAGACCAGUUAGUAUUGCUGUACAGCCAAUCCUCCUUGACUAAUAGCAUUGACAACAGCAAGAGAGGCUGUUCAGGUAAAUGACUGCGUGGAACAUCUGGCUGCUUUCUGGUAAGUUGCUUACAGAGGUACUGUUCUAUUAUCACAAUCAAGUGAAGUCUGUCUGCCUACCUUCCAAAUGAUGAAGAACUUGUUGGAUCACUGGUGUGCUUUUGGUCCAUCUUCCCAUGGUUGUUUCUUUGUAUUGUAGCAAUGCUUUUAUAGUUUUUUCUCUUCACAUUGAGAUGCUGGGAAGCUUGCCAUAGUUAUUGCUUGUCCAUUCUAUUUUCUAUACAAUUGAAACCAAGGUUAUAAUUCUAUAUUUCUGCAUUGAACGACCAUAGAGAAACUAAUGUGCCUCUGUCCACUGAAUGUGCACAGGUGCUGGUUUUUUCUUAUACUGUUUACUUUGUGGUUUUCUGAGUCCUGUUAAUUGGCUUAUUCUAACAGAAAAUAAUUCCUUAGUUCUACCUAAUCGACACAUUAAUUACUGGUUUAGAGCAUAGAUCCAAUGUUUCAGAUUUUCAAAGAAAAGUAUCUUACCAGCCACCUGUUUGGCACUGUACUUCAAUGAAUGAAAAUACAUAGCUAAUAACUCACAAAUGCUUUGGUUAAAGGGAAGAGGGUCCUCAAUUGCAUUUCUUUGGAAAUAACUUUCAGAGUACUUCAAGGUGUAUCCAUAUACUUUCCAAUAAAAAAAAUUAUGUAUGUUACUCUUAA